AAAAAAACCAACACAUUGAGCACACCACAAAACACUUUCAAAACAACACACAAUAUCUACACUACAAGGAAACACUUAAACUGCGUAAAAGACAAUUAGCUUAACAUAACACUCUAUCUAUUUAUAUGCAUAUGUAUAUAAUAUAUAUUAUAUAUAUGUGUAUAUAGAAUGAACCGCUUGCACAUAGACACCGCAGCACCGAAAUAUCAGAGUGGCAAAUGGUACUGGGAUGAGAAGGCAGAUAGACUACACUUUCAGCAGUUUUACGACUUGGAGAAUGCAAAUGAUCGUUUUAUAGAUACGAAUGGAUAUAAAUUUCUGCGGACUAUCAAUCAGGAGGAGGAGCUGAUCUUUCGUGAGGUAUUCGCCAGACCCGAUACCACAUUCGAUUCCGAUACCGUGGUGAUCAACGAUGUGCGCGAUCUGGUAUUGUUUUUGAUGCCGAAAGAGUUUAUGAGUCUGAAGUUUCUUGAGUUUAUGCAUACGCCAGCUGUCCAUAGACUGCUGCAUGCUCUAGCUAUAUACUUUGAGUAUUUUCUGCGCAUGGUCGAAUUCCUGCUGAUACGCCGCGAUGAGCUGGCUGGGAAGAUGGCACAAGUGCAAAGUGAGCAGACCAACGAAAUGAAGCGAAUAUUCUCCACAAACUUGAGGCAGUACCGCAUGCUGGUCGCCAGAAGCUAUAGUGCGAUCAUCUUGGGCAGGGGCGAAUUGAAAAAGUUCUAUCACACCAAGGAGGUUUUCAACAUAUCGUCGAAGAUCAAGGAUCUAUACUUUUACGAAUACUUUUUAGCGGUCUGCACCCAGAUCGUUUGGAUCACCAUGCAUCGACGAGCCUAUUACGUGAUCGAGAUGGAAAUGAAUCGACUCUUUCGGUCCGAGCACUUUCUCAGUAAUUCUUCAAAGUAUCUCAAAUUUACACCAGUCGAGCGAUCUCUGCUCUAUGGCUGCAAUUGCAAGAUCUUCAACUAUCGCAUUCAGAUCUCGCCUUUGAUUCAGGAGCUCCACCAUGUAAGCAGUGAGGACAUGCCAAUACUAUGGAUAGGUGAGCGCAAAUAUCGUGGCUCCAAUCCUCGGAUUGCCCAGUUGGAGCUGGAGUAUAUUGUGCCGGGGACGCAGCUGCAUAUGAUUGAUAUGACUCGCGGCAUACUGGGACACCCCAAAAAGCUCUACGAUACCAUUCUAAUGCUGGACUGGCCAUCGGUGCGCUUCGCCAACUUUUCGCAACAGCACGAUCCCUAUUAUAUCGUACGACAUCCCAGUCAGCCCGUGCCCAACAUCGAUGAAUUGAAAAUUCGUAAAAUGGCUAAGAACUAUGAGACAUAUUACAAAUUAUUCCGUAUCUACGAGCCAACCAGCCGUGAAAGCCUAAUGAAUUGGAUGCAUCGCGAACAAAUCAUGACGUACUAUAAGAGAGGCGGAGAUCUAUUUAACAUCAUUUCACGCUGCGAGCAUCAGCUGAUCGGCAAGGAUGAGCGACCGCCAGUGCCCAAGAUAGUCGCCAACUAUUUCCGUGUCAUAUCCAGGCUACGCAAGCAGAGCUCCAUCCAUAUUGUAACUGCGCAAGACAAAACGUACAAAAAGAAGGGCGCAGAGUACUUUUUUGACUAGAAUCCGAACUAGGUUAUACUUUUACUUUUAUACUUUAAGUAUUCCUAUUGCGAUUGCUCCCUCUUCAACGCGCAUCUCAUGGGGUAAAGACGCUGUUGCGAUAGCCCAGUCUGCUCGUGCCACAGGUCGAUGAGCUCAGAGUACGUAAAAUAGCUAAGAGCUCUGGGAUGUGUUACUGAAUAUUUCGAAUCUACGAGGCAUCGUGAACAAAUCAUGACGUACGUGCUCGGCGGAGAGGAGUGACCGACUGUGUCCAGGCCAUACCCAGGCUACAUCAGGAGAACUCAAUCCGAAUUUUAACUGCCCAAGUUGUAGCUUAAAAGGAGUGCGCCGAGUACUCUUUUGACUAGUAUCGUUAUU